AAUAAUAUCUUGUUCUCGCCAAGAGGCUAACCCACACUAUGCCUUCACUCUGAUCCUAAUUCGCCUAUUAACACGUGGUGGCGUUGUUUGGUCCAAGUAGCUCUUUCAAGUGUCCAUUCCCGUGAUAUGCUAGGAUAUAUCGCUUCCAAACACGAUUAGGAGUCACUUCAUAGUUUGCUGGCGAUCCCUUUGUAUCGGACGAGUCCCUUUUUGUGCGUUAUCCAGUCAAUUGUGAUAGUGGGAAACUGCGUACUUACUUGAACCCCGGCAUUAGUAGUGACUUAGAAACACAGACUCUGUUAGCACAUUGCAUCGCCGGCCCAAGUCGUAUGGUCUUCCCCUGGGCUAACCACGUGAAAUUGUGUACUUAGUUAAUUUGCUGUGAUUGUAGUGACUUAAAUUCAUUGGGAAGAAUGCAAAAUCAUUUAGGAGCAUCCAAUUUAAAGGAUGGCCUGUCGUGCGAUGAGUUGUUCCUAUCCAGCGAAGGACUUACAUACAAUGAUUUCCUCAUCCUUCCUGGAUACAUAGACUUUGCGGCCGAAGCGGUAGAUCUAUCCUCGCCAUUGACUAAGAAUAUCACAUUGAAAGCGCCCCUGGUUUCGUCGCCUAUGGAUACAGUUACAGAAGCGGACAUGGCUAUUGCCAUGGCGCUCUGUGGUGGCAUUGGUAUUAUCCAUCACAACUGCACCCCUGAAUAUCAGGCUAAUGAAGUACAUAAAGUAAAAAAGUACAAGCAUGGUUUCAUCCGUGAUCCCUCGGUUCUUUCACCCGACAACACAGUAGCCGAUGUCCUUAUGGCGAAAAGUAAAAACGGCUUUACUGGCUAUCCAAUUACAGCCAAUGGAAAAUUAGGUGGCGUUCUCUUAGGCAUUGUAACCUCACGUGAUAUUGAUUUUCGUGAAAAUCAACCCCAAUUGAAAUUGGGUGAAAUCAUGACAAAAGUUGAUGAACUAAUCACAGCACCAAGUGGUGUAACAUUACAAGAAGCCAAUCAUAUCCUUGAGAAAAGUAAAAAAGGAAAACUGCCAAUUGUUAACGAUGCAGGUGAGCUUGUUGCAUUGAUUGCCCGAACUGACUUGAAGAAGGCUCGAAGCUAUCCAAAUGCUUCAAAGGAUAGCAAUAAACAGUUGUUGGUGGGUGCAGCGGUGGGAACACGAGAAGAGGAUAAAGAACGUCUUGCACUUCUUGUCGAGAACGGAGUUGAUGUAAUUGUCCUAGAUUCAUCCCAGGGAAACUCAAUAUAUCAGAUCAAGAUGAUCAAGUACAUAAAGAAGACUUAUCCUUUAUUACAAGUUAUUGGUGGCAACAUUGUGACACGUGCCCAAGCGAAAAACCUCAUCGACGCCGGAGUAGAUGGCUUGAGAGUUGGCAUGGGAAGCGGAUCAAUUUGUAUUACCCAAGAAGUCAUGGCCUGCGGGUGUCCUCAAGCCACAGCCGUCUAUCAAGUGAGUAACUAUGCUAGACAAUUCGGUGUCCCUGUAAUCGCGGACGGUGGUAUCCAAUCGGUGGGGCAUAUCAUGAAAGCUCUGGCGCUUGGUGCAUCAACUGUGAUGAUGGGAUCACUGUUGGCAGGGACAUCUGAAUCCCCCGGGGAAUAUUUCUUCUCAGACGGUAUUCGUCUGAAGAAAUACCGCGGUAUGGGCAGCUUAGAGGCCAUGGAACGCAGAGAUGCUAAAGGAUCGGCUAUGAGCCGAUACUACCAUACGGAUAUGGAUAAAUUGCGUGUUGCUCAGGGAGUUAGUGGUAGCAUUGUUGAUAAAGGAUCAGCACUACGAUUCCUACCAUAUAUUGAAUGUGGAUUACAACACAGCUGUCAGGAUAUCGGAGCAAAAAGUAUAGAUGAAUUGAAGAAAAUGAUCUAUUCUGGUGAACUCCGUUUCGUUAAGCGUACACAUUCCGCCCAAAUUGAGGGAAAUGUUCAUGGUCUAUUCUCGUAUGAGAAGCGUCUUUUCUAACAGUCGGCGCUUGCAUCAUCCACUGCACUCCCUAAUGCCAGCGCUAUAAGACGACAGAAUAAUACCAUAGAAAAAAGGACAUCGGCAUCCCAAUCGAUCUACAGUGCUGGUCGUUAUCAAUAUUUGUAAAUCUACUAUUUUAGGGGGUCUUGCUUCCUUUUUUUUUUCGUUCCUUUCAGUGGAUGCAAUUAUGGACUGUAUAUAACUACUAUGAUAAAUGAUAAAGAUACGGAAAUGGUCAUGUACAACCUAGCAAUAGUGUAGGCAAUUUUUUCACACUCUCUUUCCGCCGUUUCAUUCCUUGCUUCGGUAUUUGUUAAAGGCUUCCCUUUUCCCAUACUUUAUUUUCUCCUUUCAUUCUAUUUAUCACAUUUUUAUAACUUCAUUUCUCCAACACUUACCUCCGAUUCCCCCGUCCAUCUUUUUUUCAGCUCUCAUUAUUCACUCGAACUGCCUCUGUAAAAGACCCUUACCUAUCUUCCAAACGUCCUCAACUAUCCUCCCCUGACCUUUAUCUCCAAGAAGCUAGAAGCAACAUAAAAGGGAGUAUAGGAAGCAUUGUCGAGAUCCAGUGUUCCCUGAUUUCUACGUUCCCCUAGGUCUAAGGUGUUAAUUAGUUCCCUCUAAGGGUCUAUGCAUUUCUUAGUUAUUUGGAAAAGAGAAAAAAGAAGAAGAAAAUUACAAUCUAAGGUAGUUUAUAUAAAUAAAUGUUCUUACUAUGCUGAAGGACUCUGGUGUCCGGAAGCAAGCUGUGAAUGAAAAGAUGUUGACAUCUUUGAUAGUAUGUCUUUUUCGGUUGUAAAAAAUUGAUAUAAUUUUGUUUUGCGUGAAAGAAGGACCAGUAUUUGAUAAAGCUCGCUUUCAGCAAU